CGGAAAGUGAAAGUGAAAGGGCUCAAAUAAAAACAUCGGAGCACUUGAUGUGAUGGACACGCGUAAAGUUGCUCUUGUGACUGGGGCCAAUAAGGGUAUCGGUUUAGCGGUUGUGCGGGCAUUGUGCAAGCAAUUCACCGGCGAUGUGUACCUGACCUCCCGGGACGUGAGUCGGGGAACAGCAGCAGUGGACCAACUGAAAGCGGAGGGCCUGGAACCAUUAUUCCACCAGCUUGACAUCACAGACCCGACGAGUGUGAACGCUGCACGGGACUACUUUCAGAGAAAAUAUGGUGGUGUGGAUGUUCUCAUCAACAAUGCAGGCAUAGCAUUCAAAGGGGCAGACACUACACCUUUUGGAAUUCAAGCAGAGAUGACUCUCAAAACCAACUUUUUUGCAAACAGAGACAUGUGCAGUGUAUUUCUUCCCGUCAUGAAACCAGGGGGUAGAGUUGUGAACGUCUCCAGCGUCAUGGGCGAAAUUGCCCUGGGCAGAUGCAGCUCGGAACUCCAGACUCGCUUCCGCAGUGAUGCCCUCACAGAGGACGAGCUUGUGCUGCUGAUGCAGCAAUUCAUCAAGGAUGCUCAGGAGAGCACCCAUUUAGAGAAAGGCUGGACUGACACAGCCUAUGGUGUCUCCAAGAUUGGCCUCACCAUCCUCUCCAGGAUUCUAGCACACAGGUUGAGGCAGGACAGACCCCAAGACAACAUUCUCCUCAACUCCUGCUGCCCGGGCUGGGUGAAGACAGACAUGUCAGGGCACAACGGUCCCUUGACCCCAGAGCAAGGUGCGGACACCCCUGUGUAUCUCGCUCUGCUGCCCCCUGGAGCAGAUGAACCUCAUGGGCAGUAUUUAAAGGAGAGGAAGGUGCAUGAAUUUUGAGCAGUUUGGAGCAGUUUGGAUCAGGGUAUUCUGGAUUCUGGAUUUUGCAUUCAUGAAUUUUCAAAUUGUUGUACAUAUAGCAUAACUGCCAGGUCAGGUAGUGUACACAUAAAUGAACCUUUUGUUUUCAUGUGUAUUUUCUGGUUUAAAAUAACCUGGCUGACACCAGACAGAUUCUCAAGUCUCAGUUAUCCUUGAGAACUGGUCUAGGGACCUUCAUUAACUUCCUAUUUCCAAGGGGAAUAACCAGCAGAAUCGGUACAUUCAACUUUUACAAAAUCUUUUCAGAAGUACAGCAAACAGAUAUUUCUGUAACAAAGAUUGCAAAUGCAGCUGUUAUUCAAUUCCAAAAAAGUACAUAAACCUGCUAGUCUGGCUAUCACCAGACUAAGACUAACAUUAAUCUGGGGAGUCUGCGCUGUAUUUCUACUGCAUAAGAGGCAUGAUCAAUGAAAUACUGUAGUUCAAAUGACUCUGUCAGCAUUUGGUAGUCCUUUAACCAAUCAGACCAACGAUCUGGGUGUGCCUGGAGGAUAAGCUAGUUUGUGAUUGGUUCCAGCAAACGUGGACUGAAGCAGGAGAGAUAAAUGUGCAGCAAUGUUUCCAACCUGAGCUGCAGGGCAAAAUCCAAUCACCGGCAGAUCGGGCUGGGUUUACCCAGUUUAUAAACCUGAACCAGGUUUAUAAACCAUGUCAGUUUGAAUUUACAUGCAUUGCCCCAAUUUUAUUUUACACAAAAUAAACACAGAUAGGUAUAAAAGCAGUGGUUACUGUGUUAAAAAAAUAUAUUUUUACCAUAUUACAAUGUAAAAACAGUGUGAAAUAAAUAGCUUAUUAACAAA